AUGGCCCGGAACAAGGUGAAGCUGGCAUGGAUCGUCAACGACGCCACCCGCCGCGCCACCCUGAAGAAGCGGCGCAAGGGGCUGAUAAAGAAGGUGCGGGAGCUGAGCAUCCUGUGCGGCGUGGAGGCGUGCGUGGUGGUGUACACGCCGCACGAAAACCAGCCGGUGGCGUGGCCGUCCCUCCAGGAGGCUGUGCAGAUGAUGGCGCGAUUCAAGAGCAUGCCGGAGAUCGAGCGCAGCCGGAAGAUGGUUAACCAGGAGGCCUUCCUCCACCAGCGGAUCGCCAAGCUUCUGGAGCAGCUCCGCAGGCAGCAGCGCGAGAACCGGGAGAUCGAGAUGACAUGGCUGACGUGGGAGGGGUUCCAUGGCCGCAGCUUCGACGACCUGGACGUGGAGGAUGCCUCCGCCCUCGCCUGGUCGGUGGAGACCAAGCUGAAGGAGGUCAGCGACAGGAGAGAGGAGCUCCUCAAGCGGCUGGCCAUGGCCCCUCCGCCACCACCCAUGCCAGUGGUUCCCGCGGCCACUGUCACGGGGAUGAUGCCGCUGCCGAUGGAGAGGAUCAACACGGUGAACCAGGGCCAUGCAGCGGAGGGAAGCCAGAGGCUGAACUGGCUCAUGGACAUAAUGAGCCCGUGGUCGGAGGAGGGGCAGAUGUACGUGGAUCCCAUCAGCUCAUGGCCGGACUCGUUGUUCCCUUGAGAUCUCAGAUGAGCUUGCAUGGCGAAGAUCUAAUAAUCUCCUUUGUCCUAUGUCCACUAGUUUGUCUGCGCACUUCCUUUCUUCCCCAAAGAUCUAUGGGGCCUUCUCUUGCUCUUCAUGCACUCUCCACCGUGCCAUCCUUGUGUUGGAUGUUGGUGGUAAA